CAACAUUCAUAACAAGAAUUGAGAAUCUCCCUCAUUUUCAGCAAGGAAUUGACUCACAAAGAAGCAAUGAAUCUUGUGUUUUAUGAGCUGUAGAACAUUAUAGUUAUUAGCACACACUCACAAGCAUAGUAUCACUUAUGAUGAUGGUUAUGGCAGAUCAAAGGCAUGGAGAAGGAGAAAUGGAGCAUUCUAAGAAGCCAUUCUUCUUCACAUCUUUUAACCCAUUUUUGUUUGUGUUAAUUUUUCUUCCUUCUCUUGUACUUGUUUCUCUAGUUUGUAAGCUUGAUUUGGAGAUUCCUUGGACGACUGGCUUGGAUAAGGUCUUCUCAAGUUUUGCUCCUCACUUGCUUGACCCAGCUGCUUUGGACCUCAAGGGACACUCUUUUUCCUCUCCCAUUGAAGGAUCACAAACAACGGUACCUGAAAGUAAAGAACGUAAGGGAAAAGAUGCAACUCCGGGGAUCAGUAGAGUUGAGAAAUACAGUAUGUUGGAGAAAAUAGAGGAGAAGUUGGGAAGAGCAAGAGCAGCCAUAAGAGAAGCGGGUCGAGUUCGUAACCUUACGUCUGUACAUGAUGAUCCUGACUAUGUUCCUAGAGGUCCAAUAUAUAGAAACCCAAAUGCUUUCCACAGGAGCUACCUAGAAAUGGAGAGGCUUUUAAAGAUAUACAUAUACAAGGAAGGAGAGCCACCAAUGUUCCAUGAAGGUCCAUGCAAGAGCAUAUACUCCACCGAAGGAAGGUUCAUUCAUGAAAUGGAGAAGGGAAACUCAUACACAACCAAUGACCCUGAUCAAGCCCUUCUCUAUUUCCUCCCUUUCAGCGUUGUCAAUUUGGUUCAAUAUCUCUAUGAACCAAACUCUCAUGAUGUUAAUGCCAUUGGCGUUGCAGUCCAAGACUAUAUCAAUGUCAUCUCGAACAAGCAUUUGUUUUGGAAUCGUAGCCUUGGUGCUGACCAUUUCAUGCUUUCGUGUCAUGAUUGGGGGCCACGAACCACCUCGUAUGUUCCGUAUUUAUUCAACAACUCCAUCAGGGUAUUGUGUAAUGCAAAUGUUUCAGAAGGUUUCCAUCCCUCUAAAGACGCAUCGUUCCCAGAAAUCCAUCUUCGAACGGGAGAAAUCGAUGGACUUCUCGGGGGACUCUCGCCAUCUCGUCGACCUAUUCUUGCAUUCUUUGCAGGUCGUUUACACGGCCACAUAAGGUACCUACUACUGCAAAAGUGGAAGGAAAAAGACAAUGACGUGGUUGUUUACGACGAGCUUCCAAGCGGAGUAUCAUACGAGUCGAUGUUGAAGAAGAGUCGGUUUUGUUUAUGCCCGAGCGGGUAUGAAGUAGCGAGUCCAAGAGUUGUGGAAGCUAUAUAUGCUGAAUGUGUACCUGUGUUGAUAUCAGAAAGCUAUGUUCCUCCUUUCAGUGAUGUUUUGAAUUGGAAUUCAUUUGGUGUGCAAAUAGAAGUGAAGGAUAUAGGAAACAUAAAAGAGAUACUAAGAGGGAUAUCUCAAUCUCAGUACUUGAGAAUGCAAAGGAGAGUGAAGCAAGUUCAGAGACACUUUGUGAUCAAUGGAACUCCCAAGAGAUAUGAUGCUUUCCAUAUGAUACUUCACUCGAUCUGGCUCAGAAGGCUGAACGUACACAUUCAGGAUUAAGUAAGAUCGAUAUGAAUCCAACCCUGAUCCAUCACACGGACUGAAAGACCAAUUAUAAGAAGUAAGACACAGAAGAUUCAAAAGGUCUUUAAUUACUAGUCAAUGUACGAGAAGAGAUAAAGAUUUUUUAGUCCAAAUUUUUUAAUAAUAAUAGUAUAUCAAGUCGAGAAUAGAGGUAAUAAAUAGUCGAACUACUAUUUAAGACUAUUUAUGUCAUAAGUAUUCUUUUCUUCAAUUUUCAUUUAAUAGUUUUUAAUUCGAAGUCAUUUACUGGGCCAAGA